UCGAGCCAGUUCCAUCUCAGCCUCCCCGCCCAAACAACCGCGCCUCCGCCGCCACCUCCAUGAAUCAUGAGAAAGCACCACACGCUUCUCUUCCGCAACCUUCUCCCCCGCCGAACCAGCAAAUCCUACACCUCCGCCACCCACCUCGCCACUCCCGCCGCCGCCAUCCCGGCACCAUCGGGCCUCAGCGCCCUCGACCUCCUGGACGCGGGCGAGCUCGCCCCGACCCCGCGCCUGUACCACUCCCUCAUCACCGCGUGCGCACAGUCCAAGAACCUCGCCGAUGCUCGUGCCAUCCACGCGCACCUGUCCCGCUCCCUCUUCGCGGUCGACGCCUUCCUCCUCAACUCCCUCAUCCACCUGUACUGCAAGUGCGGCGCCGUCUCGGACGCGCGCGGCGUGUUCGACGGAAUGCCGAGCCGGGACACGGUGUCCUGGACCUCGCUUGCUGCCGGGUACGCGCAGAACGACAUGCCGGCGGAGGCCAUUUGUCUGCUCCCCGACAUGCUCAAGGCGCGGUCCAAGCCCAACGGGUUCACGUUCGCCAGCCUCCUCAAGGCGGCCGGUGCUUGCGGGGAUCGUGGGGUUGGAGAACAGAUACACGCGCUUGCUCUGAAGUACAACUGGGAUGAGGAUGUCUAUGUGGGGAGCGCACUUCUGGACAUGUAUGCGCGGUGUGAGCAGAUGGACAUGGCAGUUGCAGUGUUUGACCGGCUGGACUCGAAGAACGCGGUGUCUUGGAACGCACUGAUUUCUGGGUUUGCGAGGAAGGGUGAAGGAGAGACCACAUUGAUGACGUUUGCAGGGAUGCAGAGGAACGGGUUUGAGGCGACACAUUUUACGUACUCGAGCGUGUUCUCUGCCCUUGCUGGUAUAGGUGCACUUGAGCAGGGGAAGUGGGUGCAUGCACAUAUGAUUAAGUCUGGAGAAAAGCUUACUGCAUUUGUGGGAAACACAAUGCUUAACAUGUAUGCAAAGUCUGGGAGCAUGAUUGAUGCAAGAAAGGUGUUUGACCGUGUGGAUCAGAAGGAUCUAGUUACUUGGAACACGAUGCUCACUGCGUAUGCACAGUACGGACUUGGAAAGCAAGCAGUUGCCCAUUUUGAGGAGAUGAGGAAAUGUGGCAUUCAACUUAAUCAGGUAACAUUCCUUUCAAUCUUGACUGCUUGCAGCCAUGGAGGCCUGGUGAAGGAAGGGAAACACUACUUUGACAUGAUGAAGGACUACAAUGUGGAGCCUGAGAUCGAUCAUUAUGUUAGUUUUGUUGAUCUUCUUGGUCGAGCUGGUUUACUGAAUGAAGCUUUGGUCUAUGUCUUCAAAAUGCCCAUGAAACCAACAGCUGCUGUGUGGGGAGCCUUGCUUGGGGCUUGCAGAAUGCAUAAGAAUGCUAAAAUUGGGCAAUUUGCUGCUGAUCAUGUCUUUGAACUUGACCCAGAUGAUACUGGUUCACCUGUGCUGUUGUAUAACAUAUAUGCUUCCACUGGGAAGUGGGAUGAUGCAGCUAGAGUGAGAAAGAUGAUGAAGGCAACUGGUGUAAAGAAGGAGCCCGCAUGCAGUUGGGUUGAGAUUGAGAAUUCAGUUCACAUGUUUGUGGCAGAUGACGAUACCCAUCCGAAUGCAGCAGAGAUAUAUAGGAUGUGGGAGGAGAUAAACAUGAGGAUUAGAAAAGCAGGAUAUGCCCCCAAUCCAGAUCAUGUGCUUCUGCACAUAAACGAACAAGAGAGGGAGACAAAGUUGCAGUACCAUAGCGAGAAGAUUGCACUUGCAUUUGCACUGAUCAACAUGCCUGCAGGGGCAAUGAUUCGGAUCAUGAAGAACAUAAGGAUAUGUGGGGAUUGCCACUCUGCUUUCAAGUAUGUCUCCAAAGUUUUCGAGAGGGAGAUUAUUGUGAGGGACACUAAUAGGUUCCACCAUUUCAGCAAUGGUUCUUGUUCUUGUGGAGAUUACUGGUGAUUAUGAUGCUCUUGAAUGUGUGUUCAGAGAGACACAGGCUAUGCAUUCAUCCAUUUGGGUCGUUGGUUAUGGUUUCAUGCAUUGUGUGGGAAGUGAAUCCGGCAGACAUGAAUUCAGCUGACUGGCAUACGGGUUCCUGGAAGGAACAUGGAAAUUCAUCCAGCAUUCAGGCGGUGCAGCCUCUGAACUGUGACUCUCUGAUUGGAAACGCACUCGGGGAUAGCCUUUUUUUCAGAUUAUGUGGAGAAUUAUUUAUGGGGCCUGCGGCCUAUUUGGGUAAAACCUGCCAAACUGGGUUCUCAUUGGACAGCUCUUCUGAAGUCAGUUGCAGGUUGGGCAGAUGGUAGGAUAGCGUAUCAGGAAAUCAGCACUUUCUCGUCAGGCGUAUAACGCUUCAAUCGGACACAGCCCUUCAGAAACUAGCAAGGUCAUGGUAUCAUUACUGGGGAAGGUUGUAUUGUAUGAACUCCUCCAGGCCUCCAGAGAUGCAAAAGAAGAUGAUCCUGUGAUGAUGGUAGCAGAGAAUUUUGUGACUUCUGAGGAUCGAACUUGAGGAUUAGAUAAAGAUACCUCCCUGGUUUCCUGUGUUGUAGGAGUUGGGCGUUGCCCACCUGCACUACUUCAUGAUCUUUGCAUGUAGGCUAUGUAGCUGCUUCAUGAUGUGCGAUUGUGCACUCUGAAGUUUUAAUUCGAGACAAGCUUCAUAUAUGCUCCCGCAUUUUGUAGGUGAAGUUAACAGAAAAGCCGCUUACAUUACAUCCAGAUAUACACGACACUCUCCUUGAGAGCUUUACUACC